ACUAGGAAGCGGCGCAGACUGUUCUUGAAGGAUUAUGUGGACAUAUCAUCGGUGAGCGAGGACUGCUGUUUUUGGAUAUUUAUUUAAGGUUUAUAUACUCGCGGAAAGAAGGGAGUCUCUUUAAAAUGGACGGCUGACAGCUGAAAGGGAAGCCAGUGUAAUUAAAUGUACAUUUAUUGUAUGUAUUGAGCAACAAUGAUGUCAGAAUGCGACCCGACAGAGACAGAGACCAACGAGUCCUUGCUGCUUGACAGCGGGGACGCAGCGGUGCCUGUUUCAGAGUGUAACUUUCACUCCUCAGACCCCCCGAAGGUGUUAUUUGACAGGAAUGGGAUAGGCUUGGGACAUGCGGCGAACCCCGGAGCCGCGGUUCGUAUUACGGACUCUUGUGAGAGCUUCUUAACCGAGCUGGAGACCGACGGCUCCGGCGAAGAGGCGCUGCUGUUACCGUGCCUAGCAGGAAGCUCGUCUUCCCCGCGGAGUGUACGACAGAAGCGGAGCAGGCGGGACAGACACAGCUCGUCGUCGGAUAAAGAGAACCUGGCCUCCCCAGGUUGCAGCAGUGGAGACUUCAACCAUUUCCCAGAGGAUCCCGAGUUUGCAGAUAUUAUCCAAAGGGCGGAACAAGCUAUCGAGAAUGGAGUCUUUCCAGAGAGGAUUUCCCAGGGUUCCAGUGGGAGCUACUUUGUCAAAGACCCGAAAGGGAAAGUCAUUGGUGUUUUCAAACCAAAGUCGGAGGAACCUUACGGUCACCUUAACCCAAAAUGGACCAAAUAUUUUCACAAGCUGUGCUGUCCGUGUUGUUUCGGCCGAGGCUGCUUGUUGCCUAACCAGGGUUACCUCUCAGAGGCUGCUGCGUCGCUGGUUGAUACGAAACUCGGCCUUGGAGUGGUGCCAAAAACCAAGGUGGUGUAUCUGGCCAGUGAGACAUUCCACUACAGCGCCAUCGACAGAGCCAAAUCCAGAGGGAAGAAGUACGCCUUAGAGAAAGUCCCCAAGGUGGGGCGACGCUUCCACAGAGUGGGCCUGCCCCCUAAGAUGGGCUCGUUCCAGCUGUUUGUGGGGGGUCACCGUGAAGCGGACUUCUGGCUGCGGCGCUUUGAAGCAGAGCCUCUGCCAGAGAACAUCAGGAAGCAGCUGCACUCGCAGUUUGAACGGCUGGUGGUGUUAGACUACGUCAUCAGAAACACAGAUCGAGGAAAUGAUAACUGGUUGAUCAAGUAUGAGAAGCCAGGAGAAGGAGCAAAAGGAGACGGACAAAAGGAUGCAGAUUGGUCAGAGAAUACUUCUGACUCGUGCAUGAAGAUCGCAGCGAUUGACAACGGCCUGGCUUUCCCCUUUAAACACCCGGACGAGUGGAGAGCCUACCCCUUCCACUGGGCAUGGCUCCCCCAGGCUAAGGUGGCCUUCUCCCAGGAGACCCGAGACCUGGUGCUGUCCCGCCUCUCUGACAUGAACUUUGUCCAGGACCUCUGUGAGGACCUCUAUGAGAUGUUCAAGACGGAUAAAGGCUUCGAUAAAACCAUGUUUGAGAGACAGAUGUCUGUAAUGAGGGGACAGGUGUUGAACCUGACCCAGGCGCUGAAGGACGGGAAGAGCCCCAUCCAGCUGGUGCAGAUGCCGCGGGUGGUGGUGGAGCGCAGCCGCUCGGGGGGGCAGGGACGCGUGGUCACCUUCGGCAACGCCUUCACACAAACCUUCCACUGCAAGCGGCCCUUUUUCUCCUCUUGGUAGAGGGGGGGGGAGGGCAGCGGAGGGAAGACUUUUGCUACAGCUCUUUAUUUUUCUUUCCUGAAGGGAGGAAGAAGAAUAUGGCACUCAUAUUUUGGGUGGUAGGAAGUAAGAUGGAGACACAUUCCUCAAAUUGUGAAGAGGCACACCAGUGUCUGCAAAAGACCUUGGGGCUGUUUGUUGUUACCAUGGUGACUUGAUUGGAUAAUCGGAUUUUCCACACAGGUGGGCUUUGUUUAUUGUUAGCAGGCAGAAAGAUUAUUUUUUGUACCCACCUAAAGUACCUACGGAAGUCUUUUGCAAGGUCUCUCAGUGGGCUAAUGGCCAAAGAAGAAGUACUUGACAGAUUUGUGGUUCAGUAUGUUUGGGGAUCGAAAGUGAUUUUUUUAGAAUUUGGAACAGUUUGUUCCUGGUAUGGGAUAAACACCCAAACUGUUUGCUUUGCCUUGUAGGAUUACUUAAUAAAAUAUAGAUACACUUGCACUGCUGGAAGUGUUUGACUUGUUCAGCAGCACUGGGUCAAAGCGCUGUUUUUACCCAGUGUUAGUUUUUCAAAUCUGCAUCUAACGCAAACCUAGUGUCUUCAACUCUCACUACUGCCAAAAUCUGUGUGUGGACGGAGUAUUUAAAAGCCUCAAGAAAAUGAAUAUCGUUGAAACUUGAAUAUAGACUUUGGGGAAGGAGGACUUAGUAAAAAAACAACAUUGCUUGAAUGUAAUCUGUUUACGUUUUCUAUAUAGAUUAUUGCUCCUGAACAUUUCAAUACGAGUGAAUGCUGUCAAAAAUAUACUUUUUUUUUCUUUUUCGUAAAAAUGAAUGUAUUUGUUGUUUGACAUAUAUUUAAUUGCUCCUUAUAAGGCGCAGCACCUCUUUCCUGCCCUUUAUGAUACGUUAUAUGAAGAGAAGAAACUAAACAGAGGACAAUAUUUCCAACAUGCUCGAGGCUGUUGUGAUUUCUUAUGUAUGCAUCUUGAAAUUUCUUUUCCAACUCAAUGAUUGUAUAAGAAAAGUGGUAUAUUUAACAGGUGAAAAAUAAAAAUGUGGGGAAUUUGA